AUGGCAAACAGCCUCGAAUCCACUGACACUCCUUUUGCCCUGGGUAGCUGGAUGCAAGACCUCUACGCCCGAAUCUUUGUUCAGCCAGAUGACGAAGUCUCAGCAAACGCUCUCAAAGAAUCGGUUGCAGAAGAUUUCACAGCUAGGCAAGUAAAACCCCCAACACAGGCUCCUACCCAGCAACGAGAACGAAAACUAAUCUUCCGCGUCGAGAACAAGGCGACCAUCCACGAAACCAAGGAGCUCCAAUGCUGGGAAGCACCCGAUGGCUCAGGCGCCGGUUGCGUCUCCCAGUUUCUCCGCUUUACUGAUACCAACAAGGAGACUGGGGUUGGGAGCAGGUCCUCUACGUUGUUGAUUGCUAGCGUCAAGGUUGUUGACGGGAGGAAGAUGCUUGUUGAACUCACUGAGGUGAUGAAAGCAGCUUCUUAG